AUGGUAAUGGGGUUAAUUGAUGUGAAUUAUUUUUGCAGAAUAUGUCUUCGAGGAUAACCCAGAUAGCAGCAAGUUGGAGGAGCAGAUGAGGGGAGAUGGACCACCAGUAGUCUUUGCUGUUCACAAGAAUCUAACAGUCCUUGUCAAGAUGGUAAAACUUGAAUGUUGUGUGGGGGUGGAGGUCUGGAACAUUGCCACCCGUGGUCUAUGCACGGUUGGUCAGGAGGAGAUGGUUGUGCUUCUGGAAGUAGCUCCAGGAGAGGCUCACCCCCCGAGGGACAUUUUUGCCUUCUUCCACACUGUCUAUCAGCAGGCUAAUCAAGGGAACUUGGUAACUGAACUAGGACAUACCAUAUUUACUGAACCAGAAGGAUUUUUAGGGUCUCGGGAACAUGGUGGUUUCCUGUACAUACGACCCACAUUCCAGUGCCUGCGCAACCUUGUGUUGCCACCUUCUCCAUAUAUAUUUGCCGUCCUUAUUCAGAAGUGGGAGACACCUUGGGCUAAAGUUUUCCCACUGCGUUUGAUGCUGCGUAUGGGAGCUGAAUUCCGAUACUAUCCUUGUCCUCUUGUGUCAACUCGCAACAGAAAGCCAGUCUUUUGUGAGAUUGGACACACAAUCAUGAAUCUGUUAGUGGAUUUCCGAAAUUAUGCCUACACAGUUCCUGCAAUUGAAGGCUUUGUUAUCCAUAUGGAAGACAAGAAGACCAGCCUGCUAUUUCCAAAGAAUAGAUACGAACAGGUGGCCAAAGCUUUAAGUAACAGCAAUGACCAUGUUCUUGCUCUGGGGGCCAACUUCAGUCCACAAGCAGACUCACAUUUAGUCACUAUAGAAAAUGAUGACGGACACUAUUCCACUCAAGCCAUCAAUAUACAUAACCGACCACGGAAAGUGACUGGAGCAAGCUUCAUUGUGUUUAACGGAGCACUGAAAACCACAUCUGGCCUGUCUGCCAAAUCCUCCAUUGUAGAAGAUGGCCUGAUGGUUCAGAUACCAGCUGAUAUGAUGACAAAGCUGCGUGAGGCUUUGCGUAAUAUGAAGAAUUUUGAUAUCCCAUGUGGCCCCAUCUCAACCAGUAUGCCAGAUGAGGUUGUGUCCAUUGAGUGGACUAGUGAUGACAAAAACUUCAAUGUUGGAAGUAAAGGCAUUGUUAAUCCCCUCUACAGCAUCAAGAGCCCAGUGGAUGAGAAACAGAUGGAUGGCAUCCCUUCUGUUAAGAUUCAUUCGGGCACAGACUAUGUUAGUAAUGCUCACUUGAUAAGAUGGACGGAAGUUUUUAUCAUGCAGGGUGAAACCAACAACAGUAGUGAUGUAAAUUUGAGUCGUCUCUCAGAAGUCUUAGCAAGAGCCUUUUGUGUGGCAUUAACGCCACACCUGUCAGACCUGUAUUUAAAUGGACACUCGCGGCUUGGAUUACGGGCCACAGUCCAUCAAGACAAUGUCGGCUAUGAAGCAGGGAGCAGCGGGAACAGACUGCCAGCUGCGUGUAUGAAUGACCUCGACAUGGAGCUGAUUCCUGUAAUCCACAGAGCUGCAGCCAAUAUUACAGACCAACCCAUUAUACUGGAGCUUGUAUUUCACAUUAUGGAGCAGUGAUGUCCCCCCAAGCACUUUCUGUUGAGGAGGAAGGAAAUAUGCACGAAAAUAAGUAAUGUAAAGUACUUAUUGCAGCCUUAGUGGCUAGAGUAGAUAUUCAGCAGGUCUGGCAUUGGUAUUUGCAUUCUAUAGUAGUUGGUCAAAGUGAAGAAGUGCAGACAUUUCAUAUUUGAAUUUGCUGUAAUAUUUCACAGUAUGUAUGAUUACAUAUCUAUUUAUUUGUAUGAUUUUUAUUUUGAAUAUUACUGAUGUGAAUUUUCAUAUUUCUCUUUAUUUUAUUAUUUAUUACCUAUAUCCAUAAUUAUUUGCAUUAGCACGGGAUCAGUGUUGACAUGAGCAUCAUUGUAAUGGUAAUUAUCUCAACCACUGAUAAUAUUAGUAAUGUAGAAGUGUGCACCUGUGAGACGUAUCAGGCAAAAAGGGUGCAAUUCUCUCAGAUGUUAUUUGUGGCAGUCACAUUUAAGGUCUCUAUUAAUUUUCAUUCUUGCCUGUGUUGUUUAGAAUAUCCCCCUAAUUUCCAAACCUUUCAUGUUUUGAUCAGCCUAAUCAGAAAUUAAAUUAGAAAAAAAGAUUCUCCAAAAUGUAAUUUUAUAUUCUCUAAAUUUGUCAUAAAAUUCUGUCAAGAAUUUUGUCAAUAAAGCAUAUGAAUGUAA